AUGGCUUCAUACAUUGUGGUUUCAGUUAUGUUAAAUAUGUAUUCUAAUAACCAAUUUUCAUUUGGCAACGAAAAGACUGCUGAUGUUUUUCUUUGGAAGAACAAAAAGAACUCUGCAGGUGUCCUUGGUGCCACUGCCUUGUGGAUUCUUUUUUAACUGCUUGAAUACCAAUUAAUCGCUCUCGUGUGCCAUAUAUUAAUUCUUUUACUGGCUAUAGCUUUCUUGUGGUCUUUUGCCAAUACGUUUAUCAACAAAACCCCACCUCAAAUCGCAGAUGUUAGACUUCCUGAAGAUUGCCUGCUUCAGGUUGUCACUUCACUGAGAAUUGAAAUCAACAGUGUAAUGUCUACUUUACGCGAUGUCGCUUCUGGGAGAGAUUUAAGGAAAUUUCUCAGUGCUUUUCUUGGCUUAUGGGUUCUAUCAAUAGCUGGCAGCUGGUGCAAUUUUCUGACCUUGUUACACAUAUGCUUUGUAUUGCUACACACUGUGCCAGUCCUUUAUGAGAAGUAUGAAGACCAGGUUGACCCAUUUGCUGAGAAGGCUGUGAUAGAACUCAAGAAGCAGUAUGCUGUAUUUGAUGCCAAGGUUCUGAGCAAAAUCCCAUUGGGGCCACUUCAAGAGAAGAAGGAUUAGAUUGUAUGACAUUUUUGUCUGGUUAGGCUUACCUUCAUAUCUCUCUUAGCAGUCUUGUUUUCUUUUUCUGACAAGGCAGCUCGGUUACUUUCCCCUUGUUUCUAAAGUACUUUCAAUAUAGAACUUAGAAGCCUUUCUGCUGCUGCAUGAACCUCUCUUCACUCAGUAAAUUUUGGAUAGGUUGAUAAAUUCUGCACCAAUUUAUCUUGCUUUUCCUUGUCAACGCCCCCCAAGAUUCUCUGUCUUCUUGAGUAAUUAAUUAUAAAAUUAUACUGUUCUUCGUC